AUGAAAGAUCCUGAGCGCUUGUCAGAAUGGGUUGCAGCAAUCAAACGUAAAAACUGGAAACCAUCAGAUUCAAGCCGAAUCUGCAGUGAUCACUUUACAGACAAAGAUUACAUGCUACGCCCAGGAGCUAUGAUCCCCCGGCUGCGGCUUGAUGCAGUGCCUUCCGUUUUUGAGAAGCCUACCAAACAUUUAAAAGAGCGAGUUAAAAGGAAAAAGAGUGUUGAGACAGACAAAACACAAGUACCAAUAAAAUGUAAUGAAACGGAGGCUAAAAGGAGUGAUCAGGUAACAUAAAGUGGUUUUGAAGUCUGAAUGCUAGUUUAAAGAAAAUAGGGUGUGGGACCUGAGUCGUCCAUAUCGACCUUGAUGCUAUGUCAUUACUCCUGAACCGCAUGCCAGGAACUACUCAACUAACGCACACAGACAUACUGUUAGUAAAGUGGUGUGUGUCCACACUUCAAUAUUUGAGUGAAAGGGAAGAUUAGAGAUUAGGUCAGAACUUCUCCUCCCACCCAGUUGUCAUUGGUUACUGAGUUAUAAGGUAACCAAGUGGGCUUCAAGUCAUAUAUAUGUAUUUUUACUUUUCUCUUUGGCCAGCUUGCUAUUCAUACUCAUUGAGCGAUGACCUUAUUUGUGAUCUUUUGACCAAAGAUUAAAAAUUAAGGGCCGUUUUACUUUAACCUCCACACACUGCACAUGAGCUGGAAAAAAGGGUUGUUGGCUAGUUUAGUGCUCCUAUCUAGUAUAAUUACUGUCCAACGCUCUGUACAUAGGGUGGAUUUAGACGGAUAAGGCACUCAUCAGGCUUGGGCUCUAGGUAACUACCAGGGAGUACAAAUGGCCACAAGUUUUUUUUUUUUGUUUGUUUGUUUGUUUUUUUGUUCAUUGUGCCAAUAAUCCUGGGUCCCCACAAAUCCUGCGAGCUUUCAAAAGUUUUUCUUUUUUUUUUCUUUUUUUUCUGGUUGUGCAUAGAAACGAGGGAGGGUUUUAAUGGCUACUAUGGACCAAUAUUAGUUUUGAUAACUUUUUCGGUGUUAGUCAGCCUUAUACCCUAUUUAUGGCAGAAACAAGCACCAACAAACACCAAUUUUUGUUUUGCAUUUGUAUUGCCACCUCCUAAUAAUUAUCCCGCAAGUUGCAGGUGA